GGCGGAUGGAAGGAGGCGGCUGGAGGCGGGCCGGGGCGGCACAGGCGCGGGCGGGCGGCCGCGCAUUUGUUUUCUCUGAAGUCUUUGGAGCCACAUAUGCAAGUCCAUCUGGCAAUAACAUAGGAUUGAAGAGAAGAGGCUUUUAGUGAACUCUCAGAAGCUCUCUGAUGUGGAAAAUUCUGUCCGGACCUGCAGCAAAACAACUCCACAAAAGGAAACACCUUCAGAACAAAGAUGAAUAUUGGGAAAGCUUACCGUGCUGCUAACAUCAGCAAUGGAACAGAUCUAGCUAUUGGCUUUACCUCUUCCACAGUAGCUGUCCUUCUGUUUGGGACAAACUUUGUGCCUGUCAAGAAAUUUCAUACUGGUGAUGGCAUGUUCUUUCAGUGGAUUCUCUGUGCUUCCAUAUGGAUAGUUUCUUUGGUGGUCAAUUUGAUUCAGAACUGCCCCCAGUUUUGGCCUCUGGCUAUGGUUGGAGGUUUUGUGUGGGCUACAGGCAAUGUUACUGUUGUUCCUAUUGUUAAAACUAUUGGCUUAGCUCUUGGUCUUUUGAUAUGGGCUUCUUUUAAUUUGCUGACAGGCUGGGCAAGUUCAAGGUUUGGUUGGUUUGGAAUUGACCCAGAAGAGGUAUCGAGACCAAUCUUAAAUUAUAUUGGAGCUGGACUUUCACUUAUAAGUGCUGUCAUAUUUCUUUUUAUAAAAACUGAAGUCCAGAGUUCUUCAACUUCAUUAGAAAGCACACCUUUACUGAGAGAAAGUUCUAUUAAUGUUUCUGAAGAUACCACUGAGGACUCGUGGGUGAACAAACUUUCUCCAGCAAAAAGGAGACUCAUAGGCUGUAGCCUGGCUGUAGUGGCUGGAAUACUCUACGGUUCCAGUUUUAUACCAGUACUUUACAUCAAGGACCAUGGAAGAAGAAAUGAAACUGUAUACACAGGAGCAAGUCAGUUUGAUUUAGAUUAUGUUUUUGCACACUUCAGUGGAAUAUUUCUUACUAGUACCAUCUACUUUUUGAUCUAUUGUGCAGUCAGGAAGAAUAAACCUUAUGUUUAUCCCCAAGCCAUAUUGCCAGGGUUUGUUUCUGGUGUGCUUUGGGCAAUAGCCAAUUGCUGCUGGUUCCUAGCCAAUCACUAUCUCAGUGCUGUCGUCAGCUUUCCAAUAAUUACUGCACUCUAGAAACAGCAUUACUUGGUAUACAGCUUUAUCUCAGAUUCCUCCUCCUUGCAAGUAUUACAUUAUGAAACUGAAAGUGAUAUCAUGCCAUAUUAAGUUUUCCAAGAAACCUGAAGAACUGUGAAAAAUUUUCACGGGAAUGAAGAUUUUAGUUACAUAACUGAAUGAGGAGCAGUGGAUAUAAAUGAAGACAGUAGCACAGCCAAGGAGGCAGGAUGCCAGGCACUGCCUGAAGACAGUUUUCAUUUCAGCCAGUUUUUUCAGUGGAGCAAGGGAAUGAGCAGUUGUCCCAAUAAUGCAUAAGCAAAUAUAUUAUAUUUUUAGGGUCAGGGUCAACAAAGGAUGUAAAAAAUGCAACAGGUAUUGUAAUUACAAUUAUUAUUACAUUGUAAUAUUAUUAUUACAUUGUAAUUAUUAUUAUUGUAAUGACCUUUGUAAUUACAGUGCAAUGUAAGGGUACUAAAUUGAUACAGCAGUGGUUGUCUACAACAACCUAAUUUCCUGGAUUUUAACAUAUAGGGCAGAAGCUAGUUUUCUAGUGGAAUCUGUAGCACUGAAUGCUAGCAGUGUAAUACCAGGUUCUUUUUGCCAAUCUAUCCAGGAUCCAUAGGUACCUGACUUGGAUCUAGAACUAGAAGUUCUGUGUCUCCCCCUGCAGAUUAGUGUUGGACCACAGUAGAAGAUCAUAAUGUUCAUUACCCAAAUCCGUAACUUUCUAAGCCUUUCAUUCUUUUCGUAUAACCUCUGCCUAAAUUAAACUUAGUACUUUGUUCUAUUCUUUUUUCAAGUGGUAUCAAUAAUGACAAUAUGGUAUUUUCCUUUUUCUCUUCUUUUGCCUGUACAGGGACUGAAAAACUAUGUGUUACUGUCAGUAUCAUUUUGCAUCAUUUUGGCUGGAUCACUUUCCACAGCUUUUUCUAAAGUUUGAAAAGACCUUCUGGACCAGUAGAUGGUGCUAGCAUUUAACACAAAUAAAAAGAUUGUGUUGGUAGAUCACAAUACAUAAUAAUUUUCAAAAUGUAUGUCCAACAUUUACCCUAACUUACUUCAGCCAAGUGGAAAAUGAAAACAUUCGGCAUGAAAGAAAAUCUGAAAAUACUUGUUCCUGUUUUUCUCGGAAUAGUAAGAAAAUCAAAGGACUUUAUUAAUCAAAGCUAAAUGAUUUUAUUGUUACUAAAUAUUUUUUUCAUUCAGGUGCUAAACUUCAUGUCAUCAUAAAUUGCAGUUUAUUGCUGUGAUGGUGGAUAAUGAUUUUAAUUUUAGUCAAUAAUACUGUAUGUGUUUGCAAGCUGAUUUGUUUUAUUAAAACAUUUUGUCUUACUGA